AGAAGCAGAAUAAAACCAUCAGAGCUUCAACAUGACCUGGUACGCCUUGUUCUGCUUUCUCUUCCUCUCCGUGAAGAUCAAGAACAGCAGUCCUGUCGACGAAAUGAACUACUUUUAUCGAUUACUCGGAGAAGAACUCAACAUAAUUUGCUACAAUCUAUCACCAGGACCAUGGAAGAUCUUCUGCAGGGAGACCUGCGAAGGAGAAGACGUUCUCGUUAACAUGACAGAUAAAAAAGCAGCAAGUGGAAGAAACAGCGCUGAAUUUUUCGAAAGACAAGGGUCCUUUAAUCUGUCAGUGAAAAUUUCCAAUCUGACCCAGUCUGACUCUGGACGGUACAGAUGUGGUCUGGUCAACUCUGAUUCAAAAUUAGUAAAAUUCAAAGCCAUCGUUGUUGAAGCUCUGCUGGAUGGAAACAAAGAUCAUCACUUCUCUAAGGAAGCUGGCAGCUCGCUCACAGUCGGCUGUUCCUUUGAUUUCUCUGGAGGAACAAAGUCUUUCUGCAGAGGAGGAUGUGAAGAGGAGGAAGACGUUCUUAUUUACACUGAUGGAGUCAGAGCUCAGAGUGGCAGAUACAGCAUUGGAUCUGAAAAAUCCAAAGAUUCAAAAGUUUUUUAUGUGACUAUUAAAAAUCUUACCCAGUUCGACUCAGGACAAUACAGAUGUCGUUCAUAUUUAAACUCAGGAAAAUAUUCACAUGUGGAUUUCAACAUAAGUGUCUCAGAUGCCUCCUCUGAAACCGCUGUUCAGUCAUCAUUGAGUCAGAACACUGGAGCAACAUCUGGAGCUCUUCCUCUGAUCUUGAUCAUUGCGACUCUGGCCGUGAUGGUCAUCAUGUUGUCAGCAGCUCUUCUGGUUUCCAGCAGGAGGAGAUCUCUGAAAGGUGUGGAGAUUACUGGGAGGUCCGACUGCCAACCAAUGGAGACCGUAGCCUGUGAGCAGAUCACCUCUGGAGAUGACAUUUACCAGAACGUCCAAACUGCCAGCAAGAACCAAAAGUAGAACUACUCAUAAAUGAGGCUUAGGGUUAACCCUCCGCUAAUGCUUAUUAAGUACAGCUAAAAAACAAAUUGUGUGAAAAAGUUCAAAAUAUUUUGUCUCUCGGUUUAGAAAGUGAAAUGAUUUGAAAUUGUGAAAUGAUUUAUUAGUUACAUGUAGAGUUAAAUAUUUCAAGCUUUUAUUUCAUAUAGUUCUGAUGAUUCUGGCUACAGAGAAUGAAAACCCAAAAUUCACCGUUUCAGAAAAUCUGAAUAUUGCAUCAAAUCAAUAAAAAGGACAUUUUAAACAGAAAAGUCAGGUUUAUGAUAAGUCGGUUCACUUCUCUGCGCUCAGUACUGGAUCUGGGCUCCUCCUGCAUGAAUUCCUGCAUCAGUUCAGCGUUGAUCAGGUUGUGGUUCUGCUGAGGGGUUCUGGAAGUCCAGGUUGCCUUCGGGUCAUCUGCAUCAUUGGUUCUGGUGUCUCUCAUCUUCCUCUGGACAACACUCCAUAGAUUCUCUCAGGGUUCUGCUCAGGCCCGGCUGCUGACCAAUCAAGCGCAGUACCACCAUGGUGUCUGAACCUGCUUUUGGUACCUUCUGGCAUGUGGGUCGGUACCAAGUCCUGCCAGAGAAUGAAACCAGCAUCUUAGUUUGUCAGCAGAAGAAAGCAUUAAAUCCCCUAAUGUGUCCUGGUGGGUGACUGCAAUGACUGCAGACUUUAGAGAACCCAGUUGAACAGAACCAGCAGAUUACACACCCCAGACCAUCACUGACUGACCUUGAUCCCUAAAUUAAAUGAAAAGUUUACUUUGAUAAAAAAGAAAAGACUUUGGACCACUGUGCAUUGUGGCUGUAGAGAUGCUGAUCCCGCCUCCAGUCACUCCCUGGAGUUCUUUAAUGGAUUUUACCCAUUAAUCCACCCACGGUUGCAAUUAUCCAUGCUACUGGUGCAUCCUUCCCAACCACAUUUUUUUCUUCUCCUCAACUUUCUAUUAAUAUGAUGUGUCCAGAACUCUGUGAACAACCAUUAAUAACUUUCUGUCUGGGUUUCACUCAUUGUGGAGGGAGUCCAUGUCUGUCUUCUGGACCUCUGUCCAGUCAGCAGUUUUCCCAGACUGAGACCAUUUAGAGGCUUAGGAAGCCUCUGCAUCUGUUAAUUAUCUGAUUUCUCUAUCUGUGAGUCAUCAACAUGGAACGUAAACAGAAAUAAUUUACUCUUUGUGUAAUUAAUCUAUACAACAAAAGAGUUUUACUUUCUGUAAAAGGGGACAAAAAUAUUGAACUUUUUCACAAUAUUCCAAUCCUUUAGAUGUGCCUGUACAUGAAGAAAUAACCUUCAUUAGACCCUGGAUUCACACUCAAAUUCUGGUUCUGCUCCUCAAAGACAACAUUAUGUCCUUUAGUCAAACAAUAUUAAUUAUAGCUUAGAUUUUUUCCGUGUGACAACAACCAUUCUGCUCUUCCUAAAACAUGAUGUCAUAUUAUAGAUAAGAUUGUCAAGGGGGAUGUCAGUUAUUUUACUGGAUUCUGAAACAACGCCUCCAAACAGCUGUUAUUCUGACUGAAAGUGACCUGUGCCAACAAAUAAAAUAGUAAUAAUUCACUCACUAAAACAAGAAUUAAACUAAAUUAAAAGUGCAAAGUUUCCAGUAAAAAUGCAGAUGCAGGUGUGCUUUUUUGCCACCUGGGGGCUGAAGCUAAUUUUAUCAUUAAAUAGUCCUUUAAUUACCCCGCCUCUCGCCCAUUUAAUGCUGGAGAUAGGCACCAGCACCCAUCGCGACCCAACAUGGGACAAGCAUGAUGGAAAAUGGAUGGGUGGGUGGAUGGAUGGUUAGUCCUCCAAUGUAUUUAUAUUGAGGCAGCAGCUCCACUGUUUGGUUGUCAAACACUACUUGAGUAAUUGAGGUUGGGCUUUACUAAAGUUAAUUCACAUUUCUUUCAGCUUGUCCAUAUUUAUUUUUAAAAAGAAGCUGUGCACAAUUGUUAAAAGUUGUGAACUACCAGACCUUGGCUCCUGACCAGCAUCCUGAAAGAAGAGCUGCAGGGCAUCAGAUGCAUAGAAACUAUCAUUUUGUUGCAUUUCACAACUGGGACCCAGCAAAGAGCUCAACCACAACAGUUUCUGCAGCUUCUGCAGACCAGUUAACAAAUACCACUCCGGUCAAUUUAAAAACUAUUAAAUUUGCAGAAAAGAGCCUCAAAAUAACUUAAAGAUUUCAAAAUUAAAAUGAAGACAGGAAUUUGUGACAUUCAUGAAAAACAACACAAUGUAUUUAACAGACAUGCUCAGUAGUCCCUAACUGUCUGAGCUGCUUUUUCAGCUGUGCUUUACCGCCACCUUGUGGUGGCAGUUUUCUACUCAUCUCCUUUUUUGUAUUCUUUUAUUUAGAAAAGACUGCGCUAUCGACAUGCCAAUAGUUAAUUCCUAUACCUGUUUGAGCAUUUCUUCUUUUCAGGUUAUUUUUGCACAUUGUUCUUU